CCCGCCGCUCGCUCGGCGCUUUAGCCGCCGCCGCCGCCGCUGCGCUGGGCUCGGGACGCGAGGCGGGCGCGGGGCGGGCGCUCGGUGAGGCUCCGGCGCCUGCGGCUGCUGCUCUCCGCCGGCGCCCGGGGCUGCGGCGCUCUGGGUCCCGGCCCCUGGCCCGGCGCCCCUGGCCCUCGCGCCCCCGGCCCCGGUCCCGCGUCUGCCCCGGAGAGCACUCUCCGCCGGCCGAGCCGCCCCGGGCUCGCGCCUCCGGGCCAUGAAGAGGGGCCCGUGAGGGCGCGCGGAGGCGGUGGAAGAGGAGGGAGGAAGGAGGCCGAGGAGGAGGGCGCGGGAGGCGGAGGAUGCCGCCGCCGCCGCCGCCGCCCGCCGGCCCCCGGCGAGCCUGACUCCAGACCCGAGGAUGGAGCCGGCGCUGGGCGCUGCAGCGGCUCCCGGUGCGCCCCCGACCAGGUAGCCGGUCUCCUGUCUCCAGUGUGGUCGGAAGUGGAACCGCCCUCCCUGGCUGUCCCUCCUCGAGGGCCUCUGCGUCUGGGCCGCUGUCGCCGGAGCCGCCGAUUCCACCUGGAGGCCUGGGUUUGCCAGCCACAGGGCUGCUGCACAGGCUGGGACUGCGGCUCGGCCAGGAGACGUGGUGGCUGUGGACCCCCCAGCUCCGAGCAGCCCCUCUUUGGUGAGUGGCGGAGCCCUCCCUGCAUGUGCCCGUGGAACAGCCCAGCCCUGCCCCACAGCGGGAUGCUGAGCUGGCCUCCCUUGGAGGCAACUUCCAGAAGCUCAGACCUCGCGCGGUGGAGAAGCAGCCCCAUGAAGGUGCCCAGCCAUGCAAUGUUCCUGGAAGGCCGUCCUCCUCCUUGCUCUGGCCUCCAUCGCCAUUCAGUACACGGCCAUCCGCACCUUCACCGCCAAGUCCUUCCACACGUGCCCUGGGCUGGCGGAGGCCGGCCUGGCCGAGCGGCUCUGCGAGGAGGGCCCCACCUUCGCUUAUAACCUCUCCCGCAAGACCCACGUCCUCAUCUUGGCCACCACGCGCAGCGGCUCCUCCUUCGUGGGCCAGCUCUUCAACCAGCACCUGGACGUCUUCUACCUGUUCGAGCCACUCUACCACGUGCAGAACACGCUCAUCCCGCGCUUCACCCAGGGCAAGAGCCCCGCCGACCGGCGCGUGAUGCUGGGCGCCAGCCGCGACCUCCUGCGGAGCCUGUACGACUGUGACCUCUACUUCCUGGAGAACUACAUCAAGCCGCCGCCCAUCAACCACACCACCGACAGGAUCUUCCGCCGCGGCGCCAGCAGGGUGCUGUGCUCGCGCCCCGUGUGCGACCCUCCGGGCUCCGGCGACCUGGUACUGGAGGAGGGCGACUGCGUGCGCAAGUGCGGCCUGCUGAACCUGACCGUGGCCGCCGAGGCCUGUCGCGAGCGCAGCCACGUGGCCAUCAAGACCGUGCGGGUGCCCGAGGUGAACGACCUGCGGGCCCUGGUUGAGGACCCCCGGCUCAACCUCAAGGUCAUCCAGCUGGUCCGCGACCCGCGUGGCAUCCUGGCUUCCCGCAGCGAGACCUUCCGCGACACGUACCGGCUCUGGCGGCUGUGGUACGGCACCGGGAGGAAACCCUACAACCUGGACGUGACGCAGCUGACCACCGUGUGCGAGGACUUCUCCAACUCCGUGUCCACCGGCCUCACCCGGCCGCCGUGGCUCAAGGGCAAGUACAUGCUGGUGCGCUACGAGGACCUGGCCAGGAACCCCAUGAAGAAGACCGAGGAGAUCUAUGGCUUCCUGGGCAUCCCCCUGGACAGCCACGUGGCCCGCUGGAUCCAGAACAACACGCAGGGGGACCCCGCCUUGGGCAAGCACAAAUACGGCACCGUGCGCAACUCGGCGGCCACGGCCGAGAACUGGCGCUUCCGCCUGUCCUAUGACAUUGUGGCCUUCGCCCAGAACGCCUGCCAGCGGGUGCUGGCGCAGCUGGGCUACCGGAUGGCCGCCUCGGAGCAGGAGCUCAAGGACCCCUCCAUCAGUCUGGUGGAGGAGCGGGACUUCCGCCCUUUCUCGUGACGGGGGCUCCGUGGGUGGGGGUGAGGGGCACAUCGUGUCGGUUUUGAUAAAAUGGACCGUUUUUAACUGUUGCCUUAUCUCCCCCUCCCUCCCCGCCCCCUGUCUUUGUGUCCUUCCUGCCCCCCGCCCACUCCCCACGCCCUUCUGCCUCUCUUUGUCUCUGAAAUUUGCACUAUGUCCUGGACAGGAAUCACUGCGCCAGAGGGGGCGGCAAGUGGGGUCCAGCCCCCCAUCCCACUCCAUUCGGACACACGGACGUUGGGUCUCUGUGUGAAUGGUGACAAUGUUUACAAGCACCACACUCACACAUACACACACACACACACAGACACGCACGGGCGCCCACGAGGAGAGACACCCCAAACCACACAACUUCGGAAGCUUUUGGAACAAGUGGUCAGGGUAUGGUAGUUUUUGCACUGUUACUUCUGCAACGCAAGAGGCUCAAAACACAAAGGCCACUUCUCUGUAAUUUAUGAAUGGUGUCUAUCCUUCCCCAUCUGGCUUCCUGCCCCCAAUGCCCACCGCCCCCCCUCGGAGCAGAGAAACUGCCCCCUCCUGCCCGCCCUUGCCUGUCGGCGCACAGGUUUUUACUGUGAGGUGAAUGUGGACCUUGUUUAUUUUCUCCAGUCUGUGGCGAUGCUGUCUGUCUGUCUGAGUCUUGUGGCUGCCCCUGGACCAGUGAUGGCUGAUAAAUCUUAGGGGUUUCUGAUUGAUCUUGGGAUCCAUCUGUGAUAUUUCUUUGUGCCAAAAAGAAAAAAAAAAAAAAAGAGUGGAUCGGUUUGCUAAAUGAACAUUGAAAUGCUUUAUCUGUGUUUUCUGUAAAUAAAAGAGUGCAAUAACGUCUGGA